CAGCAUCACUCGUGGUGGUUUCGCGCGCGCAUACCCCGCCAAGGUGCGACUAACUUUUCGAGAAACGACGAAAGAAUCCGUUCCUUUGAACACGCGUCUCCAUCCCUCGCGACGUCUUUGAACGAUCCACGGAAAAAGUGUCGUCUGUUGCUGUCAGUUCCAUCGCGACGUCGUGAUGCGAACACGGGACCGUCCGGCGAACGCGUGCACCGACAGCGUGCGAGGAUUCUCGAUGACGUGAAAGGUUGGAAAAACAAUGGGAAACUCUGGCGAACACCGUCGAACAUCAUCGAGGAAAGGAUCGCGAUCGCGUUCACCGACCCACUGGCACGCGUUCACCCUGGAAAGCCUCGAAGCGUGCAACGGGACCUUCCUUCAAAACGAAAACUCGCUGGCCACCGUUCCUCUGUAAACAGGAUUCCCAGCCCGCGGCUCUGUUUACCAAGUCCUUUUACCGGUGAAUCGUCGCUCGAAAGACUCCGAAAGAAUCGCGUCUCCUUUGUGUCGUCGCGUUCUCUUAGUUCUCGAUUGAAAGACACCAAAGGUGUUUCUCCUCGCGCGGUGCACCGUGCCUCUUCACGAUCGUUUCUGCCCGAGAGACUCCACCGGAAGCGUUAUAGCUCUUGUGUGAACGUGGAUCUCGAGGAUCUCGGGCGAUUGAAAGACUUCGAGAGGUGUUUCUCGAUUUCGGGAACUGUGUUCUUUAGGAAUCAUGCUUGUUUGAAAGACAAGCUCGUCAGGACCGCGUUUUUCCUCUGUGUUGCGCAGUGUUCCUCGCGGACAAAGGACUCUCUUUAAUACAUUCCAGCGGGAAAGUGUUUUCCUUGUGUCGCACGGCGUGUUCUCCAGGAUCUAGGUCGAUCUAGGUCGUUUUUCUUCUCUCCUUGGAACCGGAAGAGGGCCCAGCAGGUUUGCCAGAGAGGUGUUUACUCCUUUGUGUUCCUCAAGAACCACUCUUUCCCUGACACCGUGUCCCAAAAUCGAAAAAUUCCGGUAACCAGAAAGGUUCUCCCUUGUGUCGUGUACCUACGAGACAGCGAUCAGUGUCGCCGAUCGAAAAGGUGAUCCUCUUUCUGUGAAACGUAAACGUCACCGCGAUCCUCCCGCGACAGUGUGUGCCGUGCAUCGGAAAGUACUCGGAGCCGAUGGGAGGCUGCAUACGUCGGAUCGCAGGGAUGAUCAGUGCCUGGAGAACACUCGACGCGCUCGGUUGCUGAAUUUCCAGCGAAUACCUCGUCCCAUCGAGCCAGUACCCGACGAACAUCGCCGCGUAAUCGCGGCAGGAACGUGCGACGCGGUGUUCCAGGCCUCCGGAGUUGGGCGCAUCAUGCUCCGCUGCUCGAAAGCGCCACUCGAACCUUGAGAUCCGCGGUAUCGAUCCGCCGAUCGCCGAUAAAUACACUGGUCAAGCUUGUGCGUGACAGGUGCGCGUAAAAACGCGUCGAGAAGGAACAAAGAAAUUGCGACUGUUGAGCAGGGAAGAAAUUGCACUGCCAUUGAUCAACGAUAAUUGCAAGGAGUCGAGGAUUUUUAGUUACACUUUUGGGGACGCAGCAGGUUCUGCAUAAUACUAGCAUUGAUUAAUUGUUGUAAGGCCGGGAGGAGAGAACGAGGCAGAGGACAGUGGAACGGAGUUAAGGAUUUGUCAUAAAGCAGGAGGUGAAAGGCUCAGGACACUGGGACAGGAUUAGGAAUUUUGAAUCCUGGUUUUUAAAUCAGGUUCUGUUUCAAUUAAAUAAUUGUUACGAGGCCUGAAGGACAGUGGAACGGAGUUGAAGAUUUUGAGUUCCACUUUUGGAGACACUUUAUAGGUCCUGAUACUAAUUGUUUGUCAUAAGCAGGAAGAGAGAAGGAUCAGGACAGUGGGACAGAGUUAGGAAUUUUGAAUCCUACUUUUCAAAACUGUAGAUUCUGCAUGCCGCCAUUAAUUAAUUGCCAUUAGACUAGUGUGAGGAGAAAGAGGAUAGUGGAACACAGUUUUUGAGUUUCACUUUUGAAGACACUGACACGAAACACUAGAAGACAGUUAAUGACGUCGAAUCGCACUUUUGUAUCCCAAAAUAAUUACCAACUAUUAAUUCUCACGAAGGAAAGAAGAGAAGAAGCAUAAAGGAUAAGAAAUUCCGCGUUUGAAGCCAGAUUCCGCAUAUCGGUGAAUAUUUAACAGCGAUUACAUUGGCAAGGACAGCCAGGUGGAGAAAAAGGAACACAGGGGAACGAAAUUAAAGCGCGCGAGUCGCUCGCCGAGGCGCGAAUGAUUUGUAGGUCGGAUAUUUCGAAAAUUGCGGCCGCCGGCUGCCAGAGGAAGUUUCCGAGAGCGAUUCCAAGAGGGACGGGAUCGAUCGGGGAAUCGAACGUGGUCUUUCCGUUUCCCUCUUCCAGUCUGUGCCCUCACACGCGGGCCCUCGUCGCGAGCGAGCAGUAAUUACACGCCGUGUCGAGAAGUUACUGCCGUCGACCCUCCUACCUUGGUGCACGUGAGGCUCUCGGAAGUGUACAGUUCUUAAAAUCUGCAUUUUAUAAUAUCUCACUUCUCGGUAUAAAUACACUACGUGGUUCAAACCGUAGGAGAGCGAGGAAAAAUAGGAGGCGGAAAGUAAAAGGAGGAGGUAUUUAAAAUUCAAUCGAGGUGGGUGCAAUUAUGAUAUAAGGCAGGUUUGGUGCGAAAAAAAAUUGUUUGAAUAGAUUCAUUAGUCAUUUGGUGGAGCAUGCAGUGAUUUUAAACACCUUUAUUGAGAUAUUGAAUCUUGGGGAUCUCUUCGAAUGUUGAUGCAGGGGAAGAUUGAAUAAUUAUAUUCAAAAGAUUUGGAGAUAUCAAGGCAGGUCCUGGAAACCUUCAUCUGAAUAUUAAGUAUUAAGGAUAUUAAGGAUCCUGCUCCAAGUCUUCGAAUACGAAUUCUGAUCCAAGAAAAAAUUUAGAAAUAUCAAGGCAAUUAUAUUUUGCCGAGGAUGCAGUGAUGUAAAAAGUCCUAGAAACCUUCAUCUGAAUAUUAAAUAUUAAGGAUAUUAAGAAUCUCAAAUUCGAUAGGGGUGCGAAAGUACAAUCCUGCUCCAAGUCUUCGAGUACGAACUCUGAUCCGAGAAAAAAUUUGGAGAUAUCAGGGCAGUGAAAGAGUACAGGUCCUGGAAAUCUUCAUCUGAAUAUUAAUUGUCAAGGAUAUUAAGGAUCACAAAUUCGAUAGGGAUGCGAAAUCCUGCUCCAAGUGCUCGAGUACGAACUCUCCAAUAAAAAAUUUGCGCGAACGUGUCGAAGUCAAUUGCAGAUACGCCCCGGCAGUGCACUUUACUUCUCUAAGAAUAUAUGCAGCGGUGUGAAGAGGGUAUUCAAGCACUUCCACCGGGAUAUUGAAUUUCGAGGAAUCGAGUGUCACGAUUCGUUUGCCAACGAAGGUUCCUUCGUAGUCGCGUGAGAUAUACAUCUUCGUCCGAGUUCCGGGUCGACAGAACGGUCCCGCGGAACCGGAACGGGCUGUGAAAGUGCGUGCAGAUUACGCGACAUAGACGAGAUCGAUCGGCCGCGAGGAGUGGCCGCCGAGAGUUCCUCGGGAGUGAUAAAUAAAAGGUGCGCCCUGUCGAGGACGAAGAAUCGUAACCGGGAGUGAAACCGAGCCUGGGUGCUCGCCGUUUUCCGAUCCAUCCGCGAGAACUACUCGUUUCGUAUUUCAUUGUCUUCCCUCCCGCGCAAGCCAGUGUUUCGCGUCAAAGGCGAUUCACGCCGCUCCCGAUUCCGCGUUUGCACGGCCGCAAGACAGAAAAAACCCGAUCUACGCGAAGGAGUUCCAUGGAAUAGCGACGCAACAAUGAUCAGGAUGAAGUUUUUUCGACUUGUUCUGGCACUCCUAGGAGGCACCCAUGUUCUGUGCGCGCAACCCUCAGCUUUGCCUACAGUGAGGAGCUUCGGUGGUUCCAGCCUGGCGAGCGUGGUCGCCGGAAGCAUGCCGACGAAAUCUUUCAAUAAACCUUACUUCGAAGACUUCUCGCCGCGAAACGUCACCGCCAUCGUUGGACAAACAGCGGAAUUGAAUUGCUUCGUAAAGGAUCCUGGGGACAGAGUGGUGUCCUGGAUACGUAAAAGGGAUUUACACAUACUCACCUCGUCCAUCUACGCGUACACGGGAGACGAAAGAUUUUCCGUGAAGCACCCGGAAACAUCCAACGAAUGGACGUUGAAGAUCGCUUACGUCCAGGAACGUGACGCCGGGGUUUACGAAUGCCAGGUUAACACCGAGCCCAAAAUGAAUUUAGCCUUCGUGUUGAGAGUCGAAGCCGCUCAGGCGAGAAUCCUCGGUCCGGAAGACGUCUACGUGAAGAAGGGCAGCACGAUAAGCCUCACGUGCACCGUUAAUGUGCAAAGACCACCGCCCAGCAGCGUUUCGUGGCAUCACGGAGGGGCCGUGGUGGAUUUCGACAGUCCCAGCGUUCACCGCAGGGGCGGGGUUUCCUUGGAGACGGAGAAGACGGAAAACGGAACGACGAGCAAACUCCUGGUGACACAAGCCAGAUUGACCGACAGCGGAAAUUACACCUGCAUUCCCAGCAACGCGAAUCCAGCCAGCGUGACGGUCCACGUGCUGAAUGGCGAGCAUCCAGCGGCCAUGCAACACGGCGGAAGCUGCGGCGUGACGCCCACCAUACUCCUGGCGACCGUGACGCUCUUAAUCGCGAACCUGCUAAGGACGACGAUAUGCUUGAUCCCAUCGCUAGCGAGAUGUAUAACCCCAGGCGCAAAGAAGUACGGAACGCAAGAAGAAAUAGAGCAGAGAAAAAAGGGGAUGAACGGAAGGAUGUUGGAUUGGCUCCCAUAUACGGAGGAAUCCCGCGAAUUGGGGCUAUUGAGUGCGGCACAGCGAACGAAUGUUACGUACAGGCGGUUCGCGCACCUUCCUCGAGCACUUGUACCCGAAAGGGUCGUCCAGGAAUACCCAACCCUUUAUCGUUAUUGCACGUCCACCGACAGGAGACGACGGAGGGGCCGACCGCUGAGUUUGCCGCGUGUUUCCUGGCAGUUCGUCAUUUUUAGCGGUCGGCCCUCGCUCGACGAGGUAUUAAAUUAUACUUCACAUCGUGAUUAACGGCUCUAGGAUGUAUUAUUAAACCCGAGGACGCCCCUGCGACGUGGAAUCCUUGCUGGACAAGAUCGUCCCAACCCCCUUGUAGCCACUUUUCCUUGGAUGUUCUUCUCGAAGGGAGCGGGCUAUGAAAUUGCUCCGAAAUAAAGUAUUUCAGGUAAUUCGUCACGUUUUUAUUAAUGUUAGUUAGCAGAAAGGGAGAUGCUAUGAGAAGUACAUAAUUUUGAUGUGAGGGGAGUGGUAAGGAAAAUUUUAAAAAUAAUUUAAAUUGUUUGAAUUCGCAUUUAAAUUAACAUAUUAACAUUCGAACAUUAACAUUUACACAUUAAAUUCACAUUUUAAUUAACACGUUUGUUUACAUUCAUAAGGAGAGGGUAUUUGUUCAUUUGCCUUGAGUUGGAGUUAAUUUAAUUAAUUUACCUUGUGCCUAGCGGCUCC